CCGGUUUGUCCUGGAACUUCACACAGAGCAGCCGCUGAUGAAGACGGUGGAGGAAGUCACUGCGACAAAGAAACUCGUCUUUGUUGUUUAGUUUUGUCUUAGAAGUGAGUGGUGUUCAGUUAUGUCGUCCUGCGCUUUGUUGGUGUGUUUGCUGGCCGUGUUUCAGCUCGGCUCCCGGGCUCAGUUCCCUCCCGAUGAGGUGACCCAUCUGCCGGGGCUGAAGUUCAAACCCAACUAUCUCCAGUGGUCGGGGUACCUCCAGGCACGACCCGGCGUGUUUCUGCACUAUUGGUUUGUGACUUCUCAGAGGGACCCCGUCAAAGACCCCCUGGUGCUCUGGCUGAAUGGAGGCCCAGGCUGCAGCUCACUGGACGGAUUCCUGUCAGAGAAUGGACCCUUUCAUGUCACUGAUAAUGGAGCCACGCUGUAUGAGAACCCAUCCAGCUGGAACAAGAUUGCCAAUGUGCUGUACAUUGAGUCUCCUGCAGGAGUGGGAUAUUCCUACUCUGAUGACAAGAAGUAUGCAACUAAUGAUGAUCAGGUCUCUGAUGAUAAUUACAGAGCCUUGCAGAGUUUCUUCUCCAAGUUUCCCAAUUUCACUAAAAAUGAGUUCUUCAUCUUUGGGGAAAGUUACGGUGGCAUUUAUGCACCGACUCUUAGCCUGCGUGUGGCUACUGGAGCGGCCAAGAUCAACUUCAAGGGCUUUUCAGUGGGAAAUGGUCUCAGCAGCUUUGCUCUUAAUGACCAAUCUUUGAUCUACUUCGGUUACUACCACGGCCUCUUUGGAGAAGAUUUGUGGCGUGCUCUGAACAUAAAUUGCUGUGACAAGGGGAACUGUGACUUCCACAACUCCAGUUCAGAGACCUGCAAGACAAUGGUGAAUGUGGCCUUUGGAAUUGUGUAUGGUAGCGGGCUUAAUGAGUACGGCCUGUACUUGGAUUGUGAGGGUGGCGGAAGAUCCCUCACAAGCUAUGAUAGGACCAUGAGUCAGCUGUUUAAGAACAUCAGGAAACACCCACAAACCCACAAGUUUUCAGAUGGAGUGUCGUCCAUCAUGUCUCUGGGUGCAGUCCCUCUCUGCAUCAACAGCACGGCUCAGAUGAACUGGCUGAACAGAGGCGCCGUGAGGAAAGCUUUACACAUCCCAGACACCCUGCCACCCUGGGAUAUCUGCAGUGAUGAGGUGGGAGAGCAGUACACCAACCUGUACCCAACAGUGAAGGAUGUCUAUGUGAAGCUGCUGUCUCUGGGCCUGCGGGCUCUCGUUUACAACGGCGACACCGACAUGGCCUGCAACUUCAUGGGAGACCAGUGGUUUGUGGAAGACCUCGGUCUGAAGGCAACCACAGAGUACAAGAUGUGGCAUCAUGAUAACCAGGUGGCCGGUUUCUACCAACAGUAUGGAAACAUCACUUUCCUGACAGUCAAGGGUGCAGGUCACAUGGUUCCUCAGUGGGCUCCAGGGCCAGCUUUCCACAUGUUCCAGUCCUUCAUAACAAAUGGCCCCUACUGAGCCCUGAUUGAGACUAUGUGUAGUGUACCUGCACUCAUCACUUCGGAUGGCACAUUAUUCUCAGGGAAGAUGAUUUUAAAAGGGAAAAUUACUUUAAUGGCAAUUAUUCAUAUCUAAUUUGUUUGUGGAUGACUUGCAGUAAGUAUUUGAAGAGGGACAAUGUUUGUUUGGACUUGAAAUGAAAAUGUACGCUUUAUUUCUGGCUCGGGAAUUUGUGCCUUAAGUCUGGUUUUCAGCAAGUAUUGCAGCUGCUCAUCGGCCUGUUGACAAAAUUCAGUUUAUUCUUAAAUGCAACAAGCCAACCAAUGAGUUUAGUUAUUGUUCUUCAUGGUGUUGGGGUACUACAUGUAGCCUACCUAUAACAAGGUAUAGGGCUGCUAGAAAGUCAGAACAUUGAGUAAAAAAGACUAAACGGAAAUAGUUCUUUUCAAAAUAUUUAUGACUGCACUUAAAGGUGGGGUAGGUAAUUUUUGGCGAAACCAGCUCGAGUGCGCUAGAAUUUGAAAAUACACAGCCGGAAAAAAUCGGCCACUUCCUUACAGAGCCCCUCCAACACACACACGCGCACAUGACCAAUGAGGGAACGAGAUAAGUUUGUGCACAGAUGGAAGGCUGACGGGCAGGUAGGCCAUCCAGUUAUUUUAGCCGGGCCGGCUAAAAUGAUUGGUCGUGCUUUUUACAGUACUACGGCUUCCACAGAUGACAUUUUCUUUAUGGAUUUUUUUGUUGUUGUCAAAACGGAUAUUCAUUGCUAUCGGGAUGUUAAGAGCAUUCCAUGGAAUAUAACAAAGUGUAUCUCGAGCCGGUUUCUCAAUCUUACCUACCCCACCUUUAACAUGAUCAAAUUAAGCUAUGCAUCUGUGGCACUGAUUGUAAAGCGGGUCCUUUAUCCUUUGGAAAUAAAAACAAUGCUCCAAUUGUUUGAUCAAAACUGACUUCACUUGUCUGUUUAUUAAAUGUUUUGAACUGCCA